AUGGGUGUUCACUCAUUUUGGGAUGUAGUAGGGCCUACAGCUCGUCCUGUAAGGCUAGAAUCACUUCAAGAUAGGAAGAUGGCAGUUGAUGCGUCUAUUUGGAUCUAUCAAUUUUUGAAAGCCGUCAGAGAUCAAGAAGGUAAUGCUCUAAAGCAUUCACAUAUUGUUGGAUUUUUCCGUAGAAUUUGCAAGCUACUGUACUUUGGUAUUAAGCCAGUAUUCGUCUUUGAUGGGGGGGUUCCGGCGCUAAAGCAGGAUACGAUUCGCCAAAGGAAGGAGAGAAGGCAAGGGAAAAGGGAAAACGCAGCUGUAACUGCUAGGAAACUAUUGGCCAUUCAAUUACAAAAGCAGCAAGAAGCAUCAGAAAAGGAUUUGAGUUCGAAAACGGCUAAAAAGCAGGAUGAUGAGAGGACAAGUGCAGAAUUAUUUAGACCACAAGAUGAAUGGCAUUUGCCACAAAUACCCGGUUUCAAAUACGAUUUAGAUGAUCAAAGAGUUGUGUCGGCCAGUAACUAUGAAGAAGUGGUAAAUUCGAUGGAUGAUGAAUUAGAAGGUAUUGAUUUAGAUUCCAUAAAUCCGAGCUCUCCAGAAUUCGAUGAACUGCCGAAAUCUACACAGUAUAUGAUUAUUUCUAAGCUACGUCUAAGGUCCAGAUUGAGGAUGGGGUAUACGAAGGAACAAUUAGAACAUCUUUUUCCUAACAGUAUGGAUUUUUCGAAAUUUCAAAUAGAUAUGGUUCGAAGAAGAAAUUUCUUUACCCAAAAAUUGAUGAAUGUUACUGGUAUACAUGAUGGUGGUGCUUCUAGAUUAGAUCAAGAAGUGGUAACUCGGAUUUCUGGUCAGCUACACAAGGAAUAUAAAUUGACUAAGACAGAUAAUGGUUGGGCCCUUGGGCUAGGUGAAUUGGAUGGUUCGGAAUCUGAUAAGGCUAUUGUAUUGGAUGAUAAAGACGUUGAGACAUUAAAAUCAUUUGGUCAUAAAGUGACAACUGCAUCUGAAGAGGAGGAAAAUGAGGAUGAUUUUGAAUGGGAGGAUGUAGACGUGAAACCUCGGAAUGAUAAACCUGUGGAAGAUUUUUCAUUGAAUGCUGCCAGGUUACCUCAGCUUAGCAGAGAAUCGUCUACCGCUGGCGGAAAGUCGUUUCUAGAUACAAGGCCAUCACAGGCCUCACCUUUGAAGAAAUCACACGGACCCACUAACGUAAUUGAGUUAGACGAAGAAGAGGAAAAUGAUGACGACUAUAGAAAGCAGAUUGAAGACAUGGAGCUAAUGGAAGCUCUGCAAAAAUCCCAAUUAGAGGAAAGGUUGAGAAGAGCUGCACAGGAGUCUGCUAAAGUAAGGGCUAGAGAGGCAAAUUCUACUGAUGAGAGGGAUGAGGAUGAUGAUGAUGAUAAUUAUUUGAAGCAAAUUGAAGAAAUUGAAACUAUGGAAGCCAUACAGAAAUCGAGGAUGGAGGAACGAGCCAGACAGGAACGUGAAAAGCAGGGACAAGAGAAGAAUAAUGCAUGGGGGGAAGCUAUGGAGAAUAAUGCUAAGAGGCUUGCUGUUAACAAGCCGGCACUACCACAGGAACAAUCUCCUCUUCCUCCUCCUCCCCCUCCUUCUACGACUACCUCUGUAAAUGAAAAUUUGCCCACAGAGAGCGAACAGAAUUUGAAUUUUAUCGUAGGUAAGAUACCAGAUUUUGAUUUGAGCAAUGGCGGUUCGUUCUUAUUCCAAGAUACUAAUGCAGCAGCAAAAGAUUCCAAAUCCAAGGAUGAGGAUAAGGAUAAGGACAACGACAAGGACAAGAAGCCGCCUGCAGAGACGCCCACUUGGUUUCAAAAUGGAAUUGGUCAAACCGCUAAUCCCUUUACUUCUUCAAAUUUUGUAUAUGAUAAAGAGGUUUCUGAGCCAAAUACUAACACUAGCACUACAGAUGUUUUGCAAAGAGUAACAGGACUAGAAGAUGGAAAAGAACUUGAAAAUUUGGAGGAACCGGAGCAAGAUGAUGACAUCCAUGAGAUUGGUGAGCUCCAGAAGGGUAAUGAUGAGAUGCCAGACGAGGAAAGACAAGCUGAUGAUUCUUUUUCGAGUGCUGAGCAGCCUGAAUCUCAAGGCCCUAAUAGAGCACCAUUGGUAUUUGAUUACGAUUUUUCAGAGGACGAUGAGGAAAACAUUGCAGAAAAUAUGAGGAAAGAGGAGCAAGAGUUUAGUACAUUUAAAAAUGUCUUAAAUAAUCGAGUUGUUGAUAACGCGUUCAUGGAAGAUGAACUUUACGAGCAACAAACGAAGGACAAGAGAGAUUCUGAUGAAGUUACCGCUGAUAUGAUUACGGAUGUUCAGGAUUUGCUUUCAAGGUUUGGAGUCCCCUACAUUACAGCUCCUAUGGAAGCAGAAGCUCAAUGUGCCACAUUGAUGAGGGAUCGUUUGGUAGACGGUGUUAUAACAGAUGAUAGUGAUGUGUUUUUAUUUGGAGGUAAUAAAGUUUACAAGAACAUGUUUUCUGAAAGAAAUUAUGUGGAGUAUUACGAUGCAGAAAGUAUUUAUAAAAAUUUGGGUCUUGACAGAAACGGAAUGAUCGAGUUGGCUCAACUUUUAGGUAGUGAUUAUACCAACGGUAUUAAAGGAAUGGGUCCAGUCUCGGGUAUGGAGGUCAUUGCAGAAUUUGGAUCUUUGGAAGAAUUCCGUAAAUGGCAUAAUGAGGGCCAAUUUGAUAAGAAGAAACAGGAACAAGAAAAUAAGUUUCAAAAGGACCUUAGAAGAAGACUGGUUAAAAAUGAAGUCGUUCUAGAUGAAAAUUUCCCUAGUGAAACUGUUAAAAAUGCAUAUUUGAAUCCUGAAGUGGAUAACGAUAAAACAGAAUUCGUCUGGGGCACACCAGACUUAGACAUGUUAAGAUCAUUUUUCAAGAGAAAAGUGGGUUGGCCACAAGAGAAGACUGAUGAAGUAUUGGUACCAUUGAUUAGAGAUAUGAAUAAACGCAAAAAAUCUAAACAAUCGACAAUUACAGAAUUCUUCCCAAGAGAAUACAUCCAAGGUCAAAGAAAUUUGAAUUUGGGAAAAAGACUAAGCACUGCAAGCGGUAAAUUGAAGAGAAGAAAAUUGAAAUAG